ACCAGUAUGAAGAACAUGGAGCGUGAGCUCUUGUGCCCAGUGUGUAAGGACAUGUACAAGCACCCUGUCAUCCUGCCGUGUAAGCACAACGUCUGCCAGGUGUGCGCCAGCGAGAUCCUGCUGCAGAGGGGCUAUGUGUGCGACCCCAACUCCGAGCCCAACUCACCCGCAUCCUCACCCUCCGCCCGCAGCCCACGGAUGGGCAGGAGAGUGGUCCCCAAGCAGGAGCGGCUAAUAAAGUCAGGUUUCGGCACUUACCCGGGCAGGAAGCGCUGCACGACCCACACACAGAGCGUCCUCUUCCCGUGUCCCUCCUGUCAGCUCGACGUGGACCUCGGGGAGCGGGGCCUGGGGAACCUGUUCCGAAACCUGACUCUGGAGCGCGUUGUGGAGCGUUACCGGCAGACGGUGAACAUCAGCACCGCCAUCAUGUGCCAGUUCUGUAAAGCGCCUCAGCAGGAGGCCAGCAAGGGCUGCACCGAGUGUAGGGCCAGCUUCUGCAACGAGUGCUUCAAGCUCUACCACCCCUGGGGCACCCAGAAGGCCCAGCACGAGCCCACCCCACCAACGCUAACCUUCAAGCCAAAGGGUCUCAUGUGUCCGGACCAUAAGGAGGAGGUCAUGCUGUACUGUAAGACCUGUCAGCGGUCGGUGUGUCAGAUCUGCCGGGUGCGGAGGACACACAGCGGCCACAAGAUCACCCCUAUUAUCAGCGCCUACCAGGCUCUAAAGGAGAAGCUGAGUAAGAACAUCUCGUACAUCCUGAGCAGUCAGCACCUCGUACAAGGACAGAUCAGUGAGCUGGAGGACAGCAUGAAACAGACCGAGCUGAAUGGAGCCAAAGCUCAGGAAGAGGUUCUGCAGCUGAUCGGCGCUCUGCGCUCCACCCUUGAUGAGAAGCAAGCGGCGCUGACGCGGGACAUCACCGAACGCCAACGUGAGCGCCGCUGCGUCCUGGAGGCCCAGGUGUGGGAGCGCCAGUCCUUGUUAGAGAAUUCGGGGCUGGUCAGCUACGCCCACGAGGUGAUGAAGGAGACCGAGCAGCCAUGUUUUGUCCUGGCAGCGAAGCAGCUACAUGAGCGCAUUGUCCGGGCCAUAGACUCCGUCCAGAGCUUCCGGUCCGCGGCCUGUGCCCCCCUGCCACCGGUCAGAAUGGACGUCAGCCGAGAGCUGAAGCUGCUGACGGAGCUGAACUUUGUCAGAGCUCCAGACGCUCCAGUCAUUGACACGCAGCGGACUUACGCCUAUGAUCACAUCUACCUGAGCUGGCGCCUCCCCCAGGACUCCGCGCCCGCCUGGCACUACACCAUAGAGUACCGCAAGAUGGACCCCAAGCACAAGACCCUGAAGCUGUGGCAGCGACGGGAGGAGGUGUGGAGCCUCAGCACCAUCUUAGAGGGUCCGGAUAUUGACAGCGUGUACGUGCUGAGGGUACGGGGCUACAACAAGGCCGGAUACGGGGAGUACAGUGAGGACGUCUACCUGCACACCCCUCCGGCGCCAGUGCUGAACUUCUUCCUGGACAGCAGCUGUGGAUUUCCUCGGGAUCGGCUGGUGGUCAGUAAGGAUCGCAGGGCGGUGCGCAGUGUUCCCGGGGUGCCCAUGCUCUUUGCUGCGGAUCGGUUAAUGACGAGCUGUCAUGUGUCCAUGGAGCUGGUGCUGGGGGACGUGGCCAUCACACAGGGACGAUACUACUGGGAGUGUUCUGUGGACCCCAGUUCCUAUGUGGUGAAAGUGGGAGUAGGACAGGAGAGUAAGCUGCAGGACCUUUUCCAGAUGCCCCAGGAUGUGGUUAGUCCUAGUAGGUAUGAUCCAGACAGUGGCCAUGACUCGGGGGCAGAAGAUGCGACUAUGGACAUGUCUCCGUCCUUCUGCUUCCUGACCAUUGGGAUGGGGAAGAUCCUGCAGCCUCAUGGCACGACCCCCACCUCCCGGGACCCCUCAGGCUGCACGGUUCCUCUUCCUCCGCGGCUAGGCGUCUGCCUGGACUAUGAGAAGGGCAGUGUGGGAUUCUUUGAUGCGGUGUCGCACCGCAGCCUGUGGGAGGGCAGCGUGGACUGCUCCGGACCUGUGUGUCCCGCCUUCUGCUUCAUUGGAGGUGGCGCCCUGCAGCUCCAGGAGCUGGUGUCCAUCAAACACGAGCGCAGGGUCACCAUAAGGGGCUUCACCAAAGCGGAAUGAAGGUGGCCGGGACAUGUCACCCCGCGGCCGGUCUCCUUGUCUCUUCCUCCUCUCUCCAUCCGGG